AUGUCAAAAACAAUCGAAGACAAUGGCUGGACAGCAGUUCCAAGAAGCCUCGAGAAGCUGCUCGCCAACCGCAAGAACCCCGAGUCAAAGGCAACACCGCUUCGAGUCGAGGACAUGCCAUUGCCCAGCAGCCCUGUCGUGGACAUCACUGUAAAGCAUGCAAGAGAUCACCUGCCAAAGCAGACCUUCAGCCACAGCAUGCGCGUCUACUACUACGGCCAGGCAAUCGCCAUGCAGCACUUUCCCGAAUGGCGCUACAGCCCAGAGACAUACCUGCUCGCCAGUCUCCUCCACGAUAUCGGCACCACAGACACAAACAUGUCUUCCACACAGCUGAGCUUCGAAAUCCAAGGCGGCAUCAAGGCACUGAAUCUCUUAACUCAGCACGGUGCAUCUCGAUCAACUGCUGAAUCCGUGUGUGAGACUAUCAUCAGACACCAAGACGUUGGCGAAACUGGUAAUAUUACCACUUUGACUGCUGUGAUACACUUUGCGACGUUACUCGACAAUGUUGGUGCGAACCCAGAGCUGGUGCAUAAAGAUACAAUCGAAAAUGUUGUCAAGGCUUGGCCGAGGGAGGAUUGGACUGGAUGCUUUGCUGCUACUGUCAGGAAGGAGACGGAACUCAAGCCGUGGUCACACACGACAAAGAUUGAGGGCUUUGCUGAAAAGGUAGAGGCGAACGAGACGAUGCGUCCUUAUGACUAA